AUGGAUAACAUAACGGCAAGCGAGCUGGCGGGUUUCGGAGUUGGGGCUCUGCUCCUCUGCGCCACCAUUGCUGCCCCAAAGGUCGACGCUUUCAUCUCUGCCUCUCAGCGCAGUUCUUUGGGAAUGUGCAAGAGAUGUGGCAAUCUGAGGAUGAUAGCAUGCUCAAGAUGCAAAGGAGUUGGAUUAAUCAAAGAAGGUGGAGUGUUUGGUUUAAAUCUCAUUGAUGACUUCUAUGAAUCGGUUGGGGGUAGUGAUUCGAAAGUAAGAUCCAUUUCUUGCACCAACUGUAACGCUAGAGGUCAUUUUAGCUGCCCUGAUUGCUCUAAAACAUCUGUUUGA